UUUAACCGGAAUAUGGAGACGGUAGAAACCAGAGGUAGCUGUAGAAUAGUUUGAGUUUGGGUUCCAGUGGUGACGGAGAGAAGAGAAUUAAGAGAGUCUUCAGGUUGGAUUUAUAACUUGGUGCUGGAGUUUUAAAGGCUGAAGAGAAAGAUGGAGUUCUGGAUUUUUGUGUGGAUUCUGACUUUGCUGGUGGCUGCAUAUUCAGCGGAUGAGUGCAGCUGGAGGGGAAGUGGCCUGUCUCGAUCUGAGCGAGGUGUGGAACAGGUGUUUCUGCGUUGUGCAGAAGGCUCUGUGGAGUUCCUGUAUCCAGUGGGUGCUCUGAGACUCACCCUAGCACCCCGUCUCCAGUGGGUGGGACCGGCACAUACAGCAAGCAGGACUCCCACCUCGGUCUGCAUUAAACCAGAGUCUCAGUGGAGCGGAGCUCAGCUUUACCUGGAGAGAGGUGGAGACCUAGAGCUGCUGGUGGGGGACACACCUGGUGCCACUCACAUUCGCUGCUUCGCCAUCACUCCAGGAGAAAGCUCUGCCCUGUUUCUGCAGGCAACACCUCACAGCGACAUCAGCAGGCGCAUUGCUGCGUUCCGCUACGAGCUGAGGGGGGAUUGGACAGCACGCCUGUCCUCCGUCAACUCCAUAGAUGCCAACCUGGACAGAGAAGAAGGAGCAUGUAGGCCGUGUAAUGACACCGAGAUGCUGAUGGCUGUGUGCACCAGUGACUUUGUGGUGCGAGGGAACAUCCGGGCAGUGGAUACAGACUCUGAGCAAGGUGUGUCUGUGAUCAAAGUCAGUGCCACGCGUGUGUACCGCCAGAAGACGGCUCUGUUCUCCAGCGUUGGGCGUCUGACACACACCGGAGAGAUCCGAACCCUGUUGCGCUGUGGCGUUCGUGCUGGUUCUGGCAGCUUUCUUUUCACCGGACAUGCCUACUUCGGGGAGGCCUGGCUCACCUGCGCGCCCCGCUACAAAGACUUCCUCAGGGUGUAUGAGAGGGCCAAGCAGGAGCUGCAGAUCCCCUGCACUCUAGACACCUGAGAGCUUGACCGAACAGGGAUACGUUUUCUGUCUUUGUUGAGUAAGAGAGAAAUCAUGGAUGGUCUCUUUCUGAAGAUGUGCAGCUUCUCUCAGGACUUUCCUGUCAUCGUUCGUGUACGGAUGGUGCGUGUGGGGAAAGUCUGGGGGAAACUGGAAGUGUAGGCGCUUUGUUCUGUGAACAUCUCUUUCACUGAUUAUAAGCUUUCAGUGGCACACGUGUAGCACGACUGACAGUGUUUUUUUUAACCCUCCUUCAGUGUGGGGUGGGGGGGGGGUGGUUUAAAUGAAGAUGUUGAGCUUUUUUAUUUAGUAAUCGUGAAGGCUUGCACUGAGCAUAGGGGAGGAUGAAACCAAAUGGAAGCAGAUCAUAUGUAGCACGCUGAGUUUCAGCUGUCAACUGACUGCCAUUCAGCGCUUGUAGGGUCUUAAUGCGCAGUGUACACACAGGGCUGUAUUUAAUGAACAAGAUGUAUUGUAUUCAGGCCCCUUAUUUUAAAAUGCCAUUGUCACCUUUUCCUCCACUAGUUGUGAUUUGAGCAAUGCUUGAGCAAAGCUCAGUGCCCAUUUACUCAGCCCCUGUUUCUAGGAUUGUACACUAAUUCAAGUUUUUCACUGGAUUUUUUAAAAAUAACUUUAUUUGUCAUCAUAUUGAGAUCUAUUUUCUUUAUAAAGCACUACGUGUGAUUUUAGUCGCUCAGAUAAUUUAAAUGUUAUCCCCACACACCCUGUUUACUGUCAUUAGAUCAGGCAAGUGCUAAUAAUAAAUCGUAUAAUAAUCCUCCCCUCUGGUCAGGGUCUGUGAGGAUCUCUCUGUUAAAUCUCUGUUAUAUGUCAUUUUGUGUUCCACUGUACACAGGGGCCAUCGGGCCCCCAGACCAUGUGGGCUGAACUUAAUGAUGAGAUGCAGCCAUUGAAUCCAGUUUCAGUAUUGAUACAUAUGAAUUGCUAUCACAUGUUGAAAGAUCGUCUUGAUGUUGAUAUUUAUAUUCGCACACGCCGUUAUAGGGUCGCAACGAAUGUAGCAUCUGUGCUAACGCAGCUAGCAAAGGCAGCUCACACACGUACAAACAGAGCUCAGUGAAAGAACGAAAUACUUUAGCCUGAGACAGAAUGAUGAAGGUGUGUAAUAUGUAAGACGUUUCACCAAAACCUGUGUGUUAGCUCUAAGUGUGUUCUGCUGAUCUUGUGUUUUUAUAUGAAUUUAUUUCGUUUAUGGUUGUGCACUAAACUGUUAUGAAACCAAGAAUGUUAAGAAACCAAAUGGAGCAUAAAAAUCCAGCCUGAAGCUCCAGCUCACCUUACACUGCCUCAAUGUUUACCUGUUAAUGUGUGUUAUACACACUGUGUGUGUUGUCUUCAGUGUAUGUGUUGUAUUGUACAGAGUCUUUAUAUAGUAUAUGUAUAUAUUGUGUAUAUAGUGUGUGUGUGUGUGUGUGUGUGCAGUGUUGAUGUAAAUGUGUGGAUAUUGAUGUAAAUAAGAGGUUUAGAAGAAAAGAACUUAUUUUGAACUGUAAAUGACUGGAUGUGUUUAUUAAAGAGAUUGUUUAAAA